ACCACAAUCCUUUCCACCCGAUCUAUGAUCAAGUUCAAGGAAUCACAUCUACUAAAGGAGAAUUCUUGAAAAACACUGGCUUCCCAACAAUUUAAAAAAAGAAGAAGUUUUUCCUCGUUUACGAUAUAUACACUGACGACAGAUUUGGUCUGUGCAAGUUUAUCUGAAGUUCUUGGUCCUAAGGACUGAUUUUUCAGGGGGUGAGAAACAGUGAGGAGCAAAAAAAAUUUGUAAUGAGGACCCUGAAUUCAACCUCCUUUUUGAACACAACGAUUGUGCGUCCUGAGUUCUUUUUCAUAAGUGGUUUAGCCGGUAUUCCCCACACAAAAUACUACUAUGUGUUCUUGUGCUUUGUAUAUACUCUGUCUCUACUGGGAAACACUUUUGUCAUGUUUAUGAUUUACAGUGACCACUGUCUUCACAGUCCGAAAUACAUUGCAGUGUUUAAUUUGGCUGUGUCUGACUUGUGUGUAAGCACAGCCCUCGUUCCUCAGUUGAUUGACACCUUCCUGUUUAAAUCACAGUUAAUCUCCUACGAGGCCUGCUUGACUAAUUUGUUUUUUGUUUUUUGGUUUCUCUUUAUGCAGUCUUUCACUCUCACCGUUCUUUCCUAUGAUAGAUGUGUCGCUAUAUGCUUUCCACUGAGAUACAGUGAGAUUGUGACUGAUAAAUCGAUGCUGGUGAUCACAACUAUGACAUGGAUUAUUGCAGGACUGGCUGUUCUCAUAGCUGUGACUUUUAUCAGCAUACUGUCAUUUUGCAAAUCCAUUGUGAUAAACAGCUAUUUCUGUGAUCACGGACCCAUGUUCAGGUUGGGGUGCAAUGACAACACUCCAAGUUAUGUGAUGAGUUGGACACAUGUUAUUAUGAUUCUCUGGUUUCCGGUACUUUUUAUCAUGGGUACAUACAUUUGUAUAGCCAGAGCAUUAUUGAAGAUAGCAGUGGCCCUGGAGCGCCUCAAAGCCAUGCAAACCUGCACCUCCCAUUUGAUCUUGGUGAGUGUAUUUUAUCUUCCUGUAUGUAUUAAUGCUGCGAUGGGUUCCAGCAUUCACCCAAACGUUAGGAUCUUUAGUACGUCACUGGCAUUGGUCUUGCCACCUAUGCUGAAUCCAAUAAUUUAUUCACUGAAGACAGAAGAAUUCACAGAAUCCAUUAAAAGGUUUUACAGAAGAAAAAUACUUGUCGCUGUAAGGAAUAAAUGAAUAAAUACCUUAAUCACAAAUGACUGACUGGCAAGUUUAACCAUGGUCAUUUUUCCAAACCGUCCAGUUACCUGUCAACUGUAAAUAUAAAAAUAAUUUUUGAAUUAGUGUCUAAAUAUUUUCAAGGUCUUCCACCUUACUACUGCCGAGAACGCAUUUUGUCCAAUUAAAAACCGGCUUUCUCUUGUUUUUUUUGUUUGUUGUUGUUUUGUUGUCAGGCUGUUAUGAAAGCCAAUCAAACCCUUUGUUUUUUUUUCUUCCCCCUUUUGGAUGAGCCAAUCAUAUUCACCGGCCCUGCUCAUUCCUAUUGGUGCAGGGGAGCACAAAGAAAGCCACAUUCCCACCUGUGAAAUGUUUGAUCUCAAACCACCGAUUAUUUUGACACUGCAGAGCACAAGAUCAGCAUUCAAACAUCAGCUGGAAGGAGCCACAUCAUU